CUUCAACCCCGCUCCACGACGACGCGAACAACGAGCAACUCGGAACCGGAUCUACCCCCGGCCACCAGCCAGGCUUCAUCAACCGUUCUCCCACCUCCGGAAGUCGAUCUGGGCCCCCUGUCGUGUCCGUUGAUGAAGGCCGACGCCAGCUUUGAUGGGCUAGACGAGAUUGCACGACGCCCAAGGCGGGCUGAGGGCAGCGCCGAGACCGUAACCGACAGCUCACGAAAAACCUCCCACGUCCGCAACGUCAGCGACUGCUCGACCAUCAUCAAAAGCGCCUUCAAGCCGUACAGCCAGACGAAGGAGAGCCAGGGGGAGGAGCGACAGUGGAACCCGUUCACCUCUGCGCCGUAUGGGGCUGGUGAGGGAAUGGACGACUCGAGAUUUGGGGCCUGCUUUGACGAGCUUCCGCGAAACUCCAACCAGGAAGUCUCCGAACUGCUCGACGAGAUGGACGGGUGCUCGAUCGACUCGAAGGACCCGUUCGGUGCAGCCCCAUUCGAAGCUCCGCCCCUGGCAGAGCGGCGCAAGUUGCGGGGAGAGCGGGAGCGCGACUCGCUCGGGUCGGCCAGUGAUCUGGCGAAACAGAUACAGGAGGACUCUUCGGACAUGGAUGAAGCCAGAGAAGCGUCGCGACGUCGGUUCAGCUAUGAGCAUAUCGAUGGUGUGGGCGACGACGCGAGCAGUGACAGUCGGGCCAGAACAGAAGACGACAGCAAUACUGAUGAUCAAAAGUUGGACGACGACGAGGACGAGGCGGACGCGUCGCUGACGACGGAGGGUGGGGCCCAGACGGAUGAGGAAGGGGGUAGUCGACCUCUGCUUGACGAUGAUGAGCUCGAGAUGGAGCAUGAGGACAAUGACGCGCUGUGGAUCGAAAAUCAUCCAAUCUACCAUGUGCCCGCUUCGGGACCCGUGGAACGGCGCGACACGCUGACCUACGAAAAACCUUCCCUUCCCUCGGUACCUCCUCUCAACAGCUUCAAGCGCCCGCCACCCUGCCUCGCCAACCAGCGCCACCUGUCCCUGCUAGUGCCCCCGUCGUUGCCUACGAGCCCUCCGGCUGUCGGCACCCUUGUCGACGUCACCGAACCCGAGACGUACCGGGAAGAAACCGUCAUCUACCAGGCCCCACCACCCGUCCCAUCACACAAAACCUCGCGCUCUUCCGCCCAGAACGAGGCGCAGCGGAGUGAAAUUUCGCUGCUAAGCCGCUCGACCGAGAACGCGGACUCGUUCAGCGCCGUCCACGCAAUCGCCUCGUCCUCGCUGGUAUCGCAGGCGACCCCGAAAGGGUUUGGCUACUGCAGCCCGUGCACCAAAAAGGAAAAGAAGAAAAGUGUGGCUAGAAAACCAUCGUCCAGCUCUGAAGAAUCGCCCCAGACUGACGACAGCGGCGCCGAGAUGUUCAGCAGCAACACAACCGAGGGCAAGUCGAAGAAGGGCAAGCACAAACUGCGUGGAUCCCACUCUUCCGUGGUGGCCGUGGCUCCGACCGAGUUGAAGUUGACCCCGAUGGAUGUACAGAAAUUGCAAAAACGCGGCAGCAGCUCAAAGCGGGGCGACUACAGCGCGGGGGCGGCCAAUGCAAGCUUUGUCAACAGCAGUUUUCAGGCCGAAGACAUCGACUCUCCGCCCCGGGGUUGUCUCGGCUUCUCGAAUGGGCUUCUCCUCCUCGGCAGCAGCUUGUUGACCGUUUACCUCUUCAUCGUCAUCCUGAUGGCCGCGCUUGGGCAGCAGACGUGCCGUUGCGUGCUGAGUAAUCGGGCCGUCGAGCUGCCGGCGAACGACUUCUUCGACUGGAAGGAGGGGCUCAACGACACCAUAUUGCUCCAAAAAUGCAACCAGCACAUCGCGGCCAAGGGCGAGCAGCACAUCGUGACGGACAUUGAACGGAUGCAGCUGCUGGAUGAACAAUUGACGCGCCUCAGCCCGGCGGCCAGAGGGAAGACGAUUGCAUUCAUCUGCCUGACGGUCAUCAAGUGGUGGGUGGUGAUCCCGGUGUUCCUCGUCGCCAUCACCCUGUUGAUGAUAACGGCUUCAUCGUGUCGCGGGCUGUGGUCCGAUCGGGAUUAUUGUAUUCAGAUACCGGCCAUUGUGGCAGCGGUAGUCGUUCUGGCCGGUUUCAUCUUCUUGGCCCUCAAGUUCAACAGCGACAGCGGCAAGCUGGGGCUGACCAUGCGAAGUUUUUUGGUGCCCAUCAUCGAGCACAUCAUCUAUCUGGCCCUGCUGGUAACGCUGUGCAUCUACGCGUGCCGCCGCGAGAAAUCGUCGAAGCGCCAAGUGACGCCUCCCGCGAAGAGUUCAGACGCCGCCCCGACGAUCGCCUCCCAAAAGUCGAUGGCCUCGACGGCCUCGACGCCGAGCCGGAAGUCCCCAGGCCCAGCGUCUUCGAGCCGUUCAGCAGCACCAUCUCCGGCACCGCCACCGCAAUCCGUGCCGACGCCCUCUUCCCGCGAGCCGAUCAUUAACGGUACUGGGUCCGCCGAGCCAAUGGUCCAGGGGCAAUCGGCAGAGAGCGGUGAUGCUCAUCCUCUACCGGCUGCAAACAACAAUAACAACAACCCGCCGACCUUCCUCGCGGCGUCGGGUGAUACGAAACUUGCCGAUGACGUCGACAUCCCACUCGAAAUGCCGACCAAACAACCGUCCCAU